AUGACAGGAACUGUCCGCGGUGCUGAAACCGACAGCUCCUUCUCCUCCGACUCUCACGGGCUGGUGGUACGUGCAGGACUGGAGUGGUUCACGAGGAAACCUCGAGUCUCUGGAGUGAGCGGACCAUUUAGCGUGUACUGGGAGACCAUCGUCACCCCGAUUAGGUCCACGAAGGCGCUCAGUGCCCAGUGGGAGCACAGCGGAGGAGCGAGCGGCGUCGCAGUGCCGGCGCGGCGUUUUGACGGCUUUGUUCUGGAGGCCGGCGGUGGCGGCGUGGACCCCCACGAGGCCGCCGGGCUCCCGCCGGGGCAGAUUGAUGCUGUGAGGAAGAUGAGACCUCCCGGCCCUCUGCUGAUCCUGCUGUACAUCACGCUGUGCAAGAGUGCAAAGGUCGUCACUAAGAGAGGCUCAGUGGACGGCUGCACCGAUUGGUCAGUGGACUACCUGAAGUACCGGGUGCUGCAGGGCGAGCCGGUGCGGCUGAAGUGCGCCCUGUUCUACGGUUACAUCCGGGCCAACUACAGCCAGGCGCAGAGCGUGGGCCUCAGCCUCAUGUGGUACCGCAGCUCCGGCCUGGGCCACAGCGACUUCGAGGAGCCCAUCUCUUUUGACGGCGUGCAUAUGAGCAAAGAGGAGGACGCCAUCUGGUUCCGACCCGCCGACCUCCAGGACGUGGGCCUCUACUCCUGCGUGUUACGGAACGCCACCUACUGCAUGAAGGUGUCCAUGUCGCUGACGGUGGCGGAGAACGACACCGACCUGUGCUACAACUCCAACAUGAGGCGGGCCGAGAAGGCGGAGCUUAGCAAGACCAAAGACAUCGUGUGCCCCGACAUCGAGGACUACGUGCAACCGGGCAAGGAGCCGGACAUCACCUGGUUCAAGGAGUGCCGUCUGAAGCAGUGGCGUGCCAACACCGUCCAGAGGAGGGACGUCCUGUCCAUCCAGGAGGUCAAGGAGGACGACAUUGGGAAUUACACCUGCGAAGUCCAGUUCGGGGACUUCGUGGUGCGGAGGACGACCGAACUCACCGUCACCGCUCCUUUGACCGACAAGCCGCCAAAGAUCCUGUUUCCCUCGGAGAACCAGAUGAGCGUCAUGGAGCUGCAGCUAGGAAGCGCCCUGAACCUGACUUGCCGGGCGUUCUUCGGCUAUAGCGGCGACGUCAGCCCGCUCGUCUACUGGAUGAAGGGAGACAAGUUCAUCGAGGACUUGGACGAGGAGAGAAUCCAGGAGAGCGACAUCAAGAUCGUGAGUGACCACCUCGGCGAGCAGGAAGUGGCCAUUUCCUUGACGAUUGGCUCUUUGGAGGAGGAGGACCUGGGGAAUUAUUCCUGUUAUGUAGAAAAUGGUAACGGCCGUCGCCAAGCUACCCUCCAGCUCUUCAGACAGGAGCUCAUGUACACCGUGGAGCUGGCAGGAGGGCUGGGGGCGAUCCUGCUGCUGCUCGUCUUCCUCAUCGCCCUCUACAAGUGCCACAGGAUCGAGCUGAUGCUCUUCUACAGGAGGCACUUUGGCAGCGAGGACGUGGACGGAGAAAACAAAGACUACGAUGCGUACCUGUCCUACACCAAAGUGGACCCUGACCAGUGGAGUCAGGAGACCCGGGAGGAGGAGCGCUUCGCCCUGGAGAUCCUCCCCGACGUCCUGGAGAAACAUUACGGCUACAAACUCUUCAUCCCAGAUCGGGACCUCAUUCCCACAGGAAGUCUCUCCAAUGAGCAUUACCAGGACGAAACGCGGCUCUUUGGAGCCUACAUCGAGGACGUGGCGCGCUGCGUGGACCAGAGCAAGCGCCUCAUCAUCGUCAUGACGCCCAACUACGUGGUGCGGCGCGGCUGGAGCAUCUUCGAGCUGGAGACGCGGCUGCGCAACAUGCUGGCGACCGGCGAGAUCAAGGUGAUCCUGAUCGAGUGCGCCGAGCUGCGCGGCAUCAUGAACUACCAGGAGGUGGAGGCGCUCAAGCACACCAUCAAGACGCUCACCGUCAUCAAGUGGCGCGGUGCCAAGAGCAACAAGCUCGACUCCAAGUUCUGGAAGCAGCUGCGGUACGAGAUGCCGUUCCGCCGCGCCGAGCCCAUGCUCGGCCACGAGCCGGCGCUGGACGUCAGCGAGCAGGGCGCCUUCGGAGAGCUGCAGACCGUCUCGGCCAUCUCCAUGGCCGCGGCCACCUCCACCGCCAUGGCGACCGCCCACCCCGAGCUGCGCUCCACGUUCCACAACACCUACCACAGCAGCAUGAGGCAGAAACACUACUACCGCAGCUACGAGUACGACCUGCCCCCCGGGGGGACCCUGCCGCCGCUCUCCUCUCUGGGGAGCCAGCACACCUACUGCAACAUCCCACUGACGCUGCUGAACGGGCAGCGGCCCCCCGGGAAGAGCCGAGAGCACAGCCUGGAGGAGGCGCACGCCAACAACGCCAUGCUCCCUCUGCUGCCCAGAGAAACCAGCAUCUCCAGCGUCAUCUGGUGAUGAGGAGGAGGAGGCUCAGCGGCAGCUGGGGGGGAGGAUCAGCGGGAUCCACACACACACACACGGCGAGGCUCAGCCUGGAACACAGUUUUAUGGUUGUGAUUACGGCGGAAGUGUUUUUUGGAUCCGUCGUUAACUGGCGGGAAGCGAUGGCGAUACAGCAGGUGUUUUUUUUGGGACACAGUUUUUCUUAUUUGUUUGUUUUUUGUUGUUGUUUUUUUUAAGUGGACGGUGGAUGUGGAGCCACAGGAGAUCUAAUGAGAACACUGUUUGAUUGGAAAGCGAGACACGGACUUGCAAGAACUUCACAUUAAAAAAAACACUCUAUGGCAAUUGUGCACACACACACACACACAGACAGACGGGCAUACACACAAAAGGAAAACAGGGUCUUGUACAUAUAUUUCCAUUUAUUUGUAGCAUCAGUGUUUUCCUGUUUUGUUCUUUUGUUUUUAUUCAACCAUGUUUGUUGCCUUCUCGACGACGUUGCUUUCACUUGUUAUACAGAGUUGUAUAUUUUGUUAUUCUUUUUUCUUUUUCUAUUCUUAUUUCAAUGCGCUUUUGUUUGGAAAGCCAGUAUGUCAUGUACCUGCGCUGUUGUGUUUUUUUUUUUUUUUUCCGGUUUGUUUUUAAAUCUUUGUGUCGUUUCAAGAGAACAUUUUUAACCCUUUUUGGAAAUUUGCCUGGACAUUUGAGGAGCUUCGUGGAGUUGAGACUUCUUUUUUGUUUACCCGUAAAAGGUGUAUCUAGUUUAAAAGGAAACUCUUUAAAAAAUAAAAAAAAUCAUAGAAUAUGCAAAAAGAAGGAGGAGCUGGCGACAAUACACUGUCCAGUGGGACUGAAAAGGGCGAGGAGCGACUGGAGGGGGCGGAGCUAGUCCUCUCCAGUCAGACGGCUGAUCUCUCUCUAAAGCUUCAUAUUUUCUAUUGAAACAAGCAGCCUUGCUGUUUUAGAGUGAUAGUGAAAUGCCUCACCUUAAAAGGAAAUCUGUAGAUUAUUUUAAAAAAGAAUUCUAUUUUUGUAACACAAAAGAGUUUGCUUGAAAAGUCAUACUGAUUUGCAUUUCAUCCACCAUAGAAAAGGGGAUUUAUGUAUAAGUGUUAUGCUGGUUUUGUACACUUGCAACGUGGUUCCUGGUUUGUUCAGAGGUGACGGUGGCUUUUUGAAUCCCACAUGGAAAAAAAAAUAUAUCUCCUCGACUGUUCUUGACUCAAAAGCAAAGCAUUUUUUUAUGUUUUGGUUCUUAAAACCUGUUAUUCCCAUCCUGAUGAUUGCUUUGGUUCAUAUGGGUAGUUCAUGUUUAAGGAAAGCAAAGAAUACAUUUGUGUUUUUGAAAGACUUUUUAAAUAUAUUUGAAGGUGUGAUUUUUUGAGUAUGCAUAGCAAAUAGAUAUGUAUUCUAUAUAUAAUAUAGAUAUUUAUAUAAAUAUAUAAACACGAUUUUCACUCGGAAAGAAAUGUCUAUCUUUAUAGAAACACUAUCAUAAUCAGUUGCCCUUACUUUCUCACUGCACAUUAAAAACAUUGAUUUCC